AUGGAAGAAAAAGAACCCACAAUGCAAAUUCAAGUGAAAACCCAAGAAAAUCAUCAAAUACCCACUUCAUUAAAUCAAGAAAAAACCAGGCUUGAAGCAUCCAAGAUCGAAGAUCAUCAACAAGAACAAGAACAAGAACAAGAACAAAAGCGGCCGAAUGAGAGCAAGAAUAAUGAGCAAGAAAAGAUGGUGUUAACGAGUGAUCAUAGUAAGUUAGAGAAGGGAAUUGAAAAUGGAGGAAUAUUAGGACCAAGAGAAAGAUUGAAGAGGCAUAGAACAGAAGUAGCAGGGCAAGUUUGGAUACCAGAUAUGUGGGGACAAGAAGAUUUUCUUAAGGAUUGGAUUGAUUGUUCAGCAUUUGAUGCUUCAUUAGUGUCACAAAAUAUAAUGUUAGCAAGAGCUUCUUUAAUGGAGGAAGGAAGAAGAUCUAAUUCUAAUACUCUAAGAGUAGAAAAAAGCUGUUAG